AUGCUUCUUCGUAGUCUUCUUCAUGGAGCUGGUCGUUAUACAGCUCGAUCAUCAUUUCGUAAUGCAACAACAGCAUUACAAACAACUCCAACAAUAACAUUUGAUCAAACACUUUUAAAUGU